CAACUCUCACACAUUCAUUUGCGCAUUUCCCGAACAGCAAAACAUGGGAUUCACAGACUUGACUGAGAUUGACCUGCCAGCGGCGUUCGACGCCCAUGUGCACUUGCGUGAUGGUGAGAUGUCGCACCUUGUCACCCCCACCAUCCGCCAGGGUGGUGUGAAUCAAGUGUAUGUCAUGCCCAACCUUGUCCCACCCGUCACAUCGGUCAAAGCAGCCCUCGAGUACCGUAACCGCCUGCGAGCCAUCGAGCCAAAUGUCGACUACCUCAUGUCUCUCUACCUGCACGAGGACAUCACGCCCGAGGUGAUCCGCGAAGCAAAGAAAGUAGGCAUCACUGGCGUGAAAUCGUACCCAGCCGGCGUCACCACAAACUCCUCCUCUGGCGUCCUCUCCUACGAGCCCUUCUACCCCGUCUUCGCGGAAAUGGAAAAGCAAAACAUGAUCCUCAACCUCCACGGUGAAGUCCCCUCCACCCCGGCCAACAAGCAUAUAUCCUCUACCAAAGACGCGGCAAUCACCAUCCUCAACGCCGAGUCCGCAUUCCUGCCCACCUUCAAAUCCCUACACGCCAAAUUCCCCAACCUGCGCAUCAUUCUCGAGCACUGCAGCACCGCCGCCGCCCUCGACGCGGUGCACUCCUGCGGUCCGUCCGUUAGCGGAACCAUCACCGCGCACCACUUAUCCCUGAUAAUCGACGACUGGGCCGGGGACCCAUUCUGCUUCUGCAAGCCCGUUGCCAAGACUCCCGAGGAUCGCGAUGCUUUACUCAAGGCAGUGGUGAGCAGCAAAGGCCGAUUCUUCCUCGGGACGGAUUCAGCGCCUCAUCCGAGCACUAAGAAAAGGGGCGAGGAUAAGGUUGCUGCGGGGGUGUUUACGCAGCCGUAUGCGCUUGGGUAUGUUCUCGAUGCUCUUGAGAACGGGGUGAAGAGGGGUGUGGUAAAGGAAGAAGACAUUACUCAAGAGGUUUUGGAGGGGUUCUUUAGUGCGUAUGGGCGCAAGUUCUACCAGGUCAAGGAUGAGAAGAAUGAGAGGAUUGUCCUGAAGAAGGGUGGAGAAAAGAUUGUCGAUGUGCUGAAGAAGGACGGUGUCAGUGUUGAGGUUGUACCCUUCCGAAAGGGUGAGCAGACAUGGAGCUCUGAGUGGAAGUAAAAGUAUAAGAGAAUAAUGAGCAAGAGAUGUAAGAG